AUGCACAGUGCCUCGCAUCAAGGAAGGCUUCAAUGGACUCCCACGUCCGUCACCGUCGGCCUUGAGACCCAGACAGUUAUCCCCAGUACCCCUGAAUCCGACCUAAAACACUCAUACGAUGCCAUUGUGAUUGGGGCCAGAUUCACUGGCCUAACUGCAGCCCGCGACAUCUCCCUUGCUCACGGCUCCAACGGUCUGCUGGUCGACGCCCGCGAUCGCAUUAGAGGUCGGACCUGGACUGCCUCCGCCGUGAGCGAGGAUUUUGACAUAGGCGGCACUUGGAUCCAUGGGAAUGAACACCAUUUCUUCGCACAGGCUUACCGAUGCGGCCUCGACCGGUUGAUCAAGACGUCCAAUAGCACCGAGAAGCCCGAGAAGGUCAUAUACAAAGCGGCGACUAGUGAUCUCGUGAAAUCAACGUCCAGACAAUGGAUGGCAGCAUCGAGAAGAUCGGACAAGCCUUCUUCAGCCCCGACGGGCUCACCAGCGGCGAACUGA